UUUUUACACAACUGCAGACCCACUGUUAUAUUAGUGUUGUGAUCUUAUAUAAUGUCUAAUCAUGAUACACAAAAUCAUGAUGCAGAAGUUGAGAUUGCACUAUCUGGUUGGUUGAUGAAGAGGUGUAGACUGACAAAGAAAUGGAAGAGAACUUGGUUCACACUACGUUCUUCAAAUUUAUGUUACGGAAAAUCAGAAAAUGGACCAUUUAAAAAUAUUCCGUUGCAAAGUACAGUGAUAGAGGAAGCACACAUCAAUGAUAUGAGUUAUGUAUUUCGUUUGAGGCCUCCAAAAAGUAAAAGGGAUUAUAUUAUUCAAGCACCCGAUGAACAAACUGAGCAAAGGUGGAUGCAAGCAAUUUGUUUUGCGAAAGUUGGUGCAAACAGCAGUGAAUCUUCUCAAGCGUGCACUGUACAAUAGCAACUAAUUUUACUAGAUUUUUUUAACAUUUUGAAUACCUGCUAAUUAUACAUAGAAAAACGUGCAGUCAACACAUUAAUGACAUUUCAAAAUAUGAAUGCACAUUGUCUAUGGGAAGUGUUUAGAACAGUGGUUCUCAACAACUGGUCUAUAGUUUGAUACUGGUUUUUGCAAAUUUUUCGUUUGUGUUUUAUAGAGUGAUAAAGCCCUUGAUUUUUUUUUGAUUUUCAAAGAUGAAUCGCCUCUUUAUAGGCCAUUGGUGUGUUAGCGAACGCUUCAUUAUAUGCUUCCGAAUUGUUGUGCAAAAAUUUUACUCAAAUUGUUUCAUAGUGUCAGCACUACAUGUCAGAGAGAAAGACAGUCAUAGAAUUCAAUUUUACAGUUUAAAGUAGGAUAUGUUCACACCACAAGCAUUUUGAAAUCUCACCAAAGCAAAGAGCAAAGCUAAGUCAUAAUACAUUAUUCAUUGUAAUUUCAAUUGUUUUACAAUGAUACCUGCUUUGUAGCAGGCUUUCUGGUGUGUUAAGGUUGAGAACCACUGAUCCAGGCAUACCUACACCUUCAUAGGCAUCGUACCACUUUUCUUGAGUAUACAGUAUUAUUACAUUGACAUUUUGCCAUAUGUACUGUACUGUAGUCUAUCUUAGCUUGAUUAUAUAUGGUUUGGUAAUUCAUUGUGUGAAGAAGUUUUGGAGGUCAGGGACUGUGAGUAAGUCUGCCAAUUACAAUAAGAUUUUAUAUUGUUUUAUUUUACAUUAUAAUUGCAAAAAUUAACUUUAUUUAAUUCUAAUGCACAAUUUCUGCACAAUAUGUCUUUUUUAUGAAUGUUUACUUCAUAUACUGUGUUUUUUCCUCUACUGCUGUGUAAAAGAAGCUUCGAAUAUGUACCUGAGGCAUGACCAAGUAUUUUAAUUCCUAAUUGUGGAUGUUUAUUUUGAUGCCUAUUUUUGAUUCUAAUGUCUUACCUGGACCUUAUGGAACAAUGCGUUGAAAUCCUGUUAAAUUUGUGAAUGUUAUCAUUGGUAUGAAGGGAUAGCAGUGUAUACUAAUUAUCAACAAGAACAUGAAAAUUGUUGCAUAGAUCCUGCUCUUUCACAGGGUGCUCCAUUGGUCCCAAACAUUUUUUUGUUGAAUUUUCUAAUGUUGACUCUGAAUUCUUAAUCACCCGAUGGCUAUAUUUUUAUUACUAUGAUAUUUCUGCUUACGCAAAUUAGGCAUGAGCCAGUGUAUUUUUUCUAUUGGUAUCACAAUAUCAUCAUCCAAGUCAAAAUUACUUUCCAAGCAUUGCUUAAACUCUGUGAAAUUGGCUUUUAGUUUAUAUUGGAUAAUUUAGCUAAAAUGUUUUUGUGAGUCUGCAUCAGACUUGAAAAUCUCACCAUAAUAAACCUAUAUCGACCACCUACAUUUGUACACACGUAUCCAUAAUUUGAAAUUUUUGAAUCUGUCGUGUUGUGAUUGUGAUUAUCAUCCUGUCACUGAAGUGAUGACCUGUUUAUUCUCUUCAUGUGAUGUUGCCUUGUUCUGUUCAUUGUCAGUCCCUCAAAGAUGGCUCUGCCCAAUCAGUACCGGUACCUUGAUUAGUAGUAAAAAUAUGUCAUCACUAUUACAUAUUAAUCUGGUAAGUCAGAGCUCCUUUCUUACUGGAUCCUGGAGACUUGGAUAUUCCACAUCUUGGUAAAUGUAUGAUUCUUUAGAACCACAGGCGUAUUUAGUUAAUGCUUGAGUCUGUUGCAGUCUUUACUAUUCAGUAUGUCUUUUGAUUUGUGUGCUGUUUUUUAUUCCAAGUUAAAACUUGUAUAUAAAUAAAGUAUAAUUUCUUCAUGUUUUUAAAUUCACUGUGCAUUUUUCUGGAUAGAUGUUAUUGUCAGUGCCUUGUUGUUGUAGUCAAACCACCAUUAGUCUCUUUCUGAAUUUGCUUUCAAAAUGUUGAGCAAUCGACUUCGCUGCCAUUCUGUCUCCAACAUGACUAGGACAGUCAUAUCAGGGUGUCUAAAAAAUGUCUUGUCCAACUCGUCCCAUGUGACCCAAUGGGACGAGUGUCACACAACAUUUUGAGACACCCCAGAUUCUGUAGUGAUUUAUUACGCACAUAAUCAAAGAAAUUUUAAAAUGAAUACAUGCACUUGAA